UGGACAUAAUCAGGUGGUAAAUGCUUUACUAACUCAGAUGGACAAAUUGAAGUCUUCACCAAAUGUGAUCAUUCUGACUACAUCCAACAUAACAGCUGCUAUUGAAAGAAGGAGGCCAACUAUAAGUGUUUGGAAUAAGGACUAUCUUUGUCGUCGAGAAUAUUUAGAGCUAAAUGAUGGAGGAUUUGGAACAUGGCCAUUCAUUCGGCAUGAGGGCAUGCAUGAAGACAGAUCGUGGCCAGACGUAUUUGCUGAAAGAAGUGUGAAUCCAAAGGUUUCAUCGAAAUCAAAGCUGCAGAAAAGCAUCCUACCUUUAGAGCUUUCUCCCGAAGGAUGUCCAACGUCUUUGGUAAGGGCAUAAUGGAAUAGAAACAUUGGAUGCUUGGAAACUGAAUCCUGCUUCGGAAUGAUGUGAUGUGGUAUGGAUAUUUGUCAAAACUGUUUAUGUGCAU